GUUUAUUGUUUAUGGCAGAUAUACACAGAAGUUUUUUUAGGGUAAUUUACAUUCUCCAGAUAAGGUGACCGAGAUAAGAUUAAAUUACCUAGAUGACGAUAGUACUUAUUCGGUGUAGAGGUGUUAUAACGUUACCCAGUGUAAAAUAGUGAACUGAGUUCUAUAAUUUGUGUUUUGUAGUAUUUUAAUCUGUAGUGUGUGUAAAAUGGGGUUGCUGGAUGAGAUGUUCGCUAAGAAGAAAGAAACAACUCGAAGUCGUACCGCGAAGUCAACCCCAGUGAAAAAAGAUCCCGAGAAAACUUCACAAACAACUGAUAAAAAUCGGACUUUUACACAAACUUCCUCGUUUUUUGGAUCGUUGAAACGGGUUCAAGGUGCAACCCCAGCACCUAAACGCAACGAUGUAACAAAAUCGAAAACAGUAUCGGUAUUGAAGAGCAAACCACCAGAGAAACAAAAAGACAAGGACAAAAGACCUUGGUACAGAAGUCCUCCCAGAAAUCUUCUGAAGAAAGAGCCGAUAAAGUCUUCCUCAGCAUCUUUAAAUGUAGCCAGCAACGUCCAAAAGUCAGCCGUGGACGAGAGGAAGAAAAGGCCUACUAGUUUAUUCAGUUCUAAUGUGACUUAUAGGAGAGGUCAGAACUCCAAACUAGAAGGACAUAAUUUGGGGGAUAAUUUGUCGAGAACCUCGUCGAUCACUAAUAUAGAUGCCGAUCAGAAGAACAGCAAAGGAGCCAAGCCGAGAAAAAGUGCGUCCAGGGAUCGAAUAGACAAAAUAGGAGACAAGAAACAUGAUAAAAAAGGUCUCAAUAAAAAUAAUAACAAAUUAGAUGUCGGUGAGAAUACCUAUCCUUCUGUGGAUUCUUUGGCAGAAGAAGAAUUACUUCAUCUGAGGCGGCAACUACAGGAAAUGGCCCAGGAAAAGACAAAUUUGGCUCUGCAACUAGGUGAACAAAAGGGCCAAUUGAAUAAUUUACAGAAGGAAAUUCAGAAACUGAAGUCUUUUCAGGACGAAUCCAACAUUCAAAUGGAGCAGCUCUCAGAAGAGAAUAGCAGGCUCAGGAAAAGGUUGAAAGAUGUUGCCCACUCACCGCUGUCCGACAACGAAAAGCAGCAACUGCUCUUUAAUACUCAUCGACACCAUCACAGCUCUUCAGCGCCUGCAUCUAUAGCUACCAAUAUUGUUGAAGAUGGAAGUGCCCCUGAUACAACGUGUACUACUCCUGAUUGGGAUAAGCAAUCUUCUAGUAAUGUCAGUGAAGUUUCCGUUGCCUGUUUGCAGGAUAAGAUAAAUCAAAUGCAAGAAACUCAUUAUAGCACUAACGAAGAACUUCAAGCCACCCUUCAAGAGCUCACAGAUCUACAACGCCAACUUACAGAGCUUCAGCAGGAGAACGAACGACUCAACGACGAGAAAAACUUGAUGUUCGACAGCCUCUGUCGGCAAACCGAACGAUUAAACGAUUCACGAUCAGAAGUGGAAUCUCUGAAGCAGCUUCUGUAUCAAGAAAAGGACGACACAGGUCAAUACGAAUCAGCAGUAGAACGUGAACAAAAGCUUGUUGAUCUCCUAAAAUCUGCCCAAGAAGAAAGGGAAGCCCUUCUUGUCAAAAUAGAGCAACUCACUAAUGAAACUCAGGAAAGUAGAGCAGGGAAUAUUUCCAAAGACGAACAAAUCGGACAAUUACGAGAUCGCGUGCGAACUUUAGAAUGCACCCUUGAUGCUAAACAUGCGGAGCACAAGCUCUUAGACCAGGAAUUGGCCCAGGCCAAGGACCAGUGUAGCGCCAAACAGAUUGAAAUUAAUAGGUUGACGGAUCUGUUAGAUAAUGCAAGAACCAAGAUCAGUGAAUUAGAGCAAGAUAGAGCUUUGAGUGACAAAUCAGAAUUGGAUGAACUACUCGAUAAUGCAAGAAAGGAAAAAGACGCCCUUGAAUCUGAAGUUGCUCAUUUGAAAGAACAAUUGGCAAUUGGCAAAAAUGAAAUUGAAAAAUUGAAGGAACAAGUUUCAAUCCUACAAGAGGAAUGUAAGGUCACAAGAAAUAACGCUAAAACUACACAAUCUGAUCUCGAGUACAAAUGUGAAAAACUUCAGCAAGAUAAGAAUGUGAUGAAUGAUCAACUUCAAGAAUUCCAAGAAGCUUUGAAUGAAUUACAGGUCCAAAGUCAGUGUCAACUGGAAGACAAAAGGCAAUUAUCUUCAGUUCUCUCCGAAACCCAGAGGAAUCUCAGUGAAGCUGAAAGAAAAAAUCAGAAUCUGGAGAAUGAUUUAGAAGAGCUAAAAAAACAUAUAGCUGCAGAGACUGCCGAUUGGGAAAAGUUUCAAGAUGAUUUGCUUACUUCAGUGCGAGUAGCAAAUGAUUUCAAAACUGAAGCCCAGCAGGAGUUGCAACGAAUGAUUUUGGAAAACAAGGCCUUCAGAGACAGAGAGAAACAAUUGAGAGCAGAAAUUGAGAAAUUGAAAGGCGAAUCAAUAAAACGAGGGACGACAAGGAGCACGUUGUCCUCAAAAAAUAAUCAAAAACUGGAUAUUCUGAUAAAACGUCCAAGUAAAAAUAUUAUCGUCGAACCAAAAAAGAGAAGGGACAGUAACAAGGUACAAACAAGCAGUCCAAAAUCCAAUAAAGUUCCGCUUGAUGCAUUUUCACGCCCAGUGAAGAAACGAGAAAUCAAACCAUCUAAACAGAAAAAGCUCAAGACGCUCUCUGUAGAAGAAGAAACUCUACUCAAAUCCCUUGAUACAUAUAAUCAGAGAAUUGAUAAGAAUAUUCCUGACGAAAAUUUAACAGAGGAACAGAAAGUUAUUCGAAAACUGAAGGUUAUUUAUGAAGACGAGCUGUUAAAAAUAAAACCUGUAGCACCAAAAGCCAAAGAUCAACUUGCUAUUAGCAAACCACUCUUGGAUUCUGUUCUUGGUAAUCCUAAAUUGUUUGAAAUUGUCAGAAACCCAAAUGUGAGAACGAUAGAAGAUAUGGCGACUUUUGCCAAAGAUACUCCUGAAAUCAGAACUUUGAUUCAGGGUAUAGACAGAACUGCCAGAGGAAAGAGUGAAGAUGUGAACAGAUUGAGCCCUAGGAAGAGAAUAUCCCUCAUAGGCCGUAGCAUGAGCUGCGAUGAUUUGUAUGAUUUAGAUGAUACUGAUUAUAACUCUUCAUUAUAUAGAACUUUUGAGGCUGAGGAUCUGACAAGAGACAUAUUACUGUCCAUUCAACCAAGAGAUUCAAGUAUUGUACCCAGCGAUUCAAUUUCUAAUCUGAGAUAUUCCGACUUUGCUGUUGUAGUAAAUGAAGAUAAAGAAAGAAAAUUGACUCCCGAUUUGAACUAUUCAUCUCUAGAGAAAAUAGUGAAAUCCAUUCCCAAAGAUAUUCCUCAUUCAGAACUUACCAAGGAGCAGAAAUUUGCCUUAAGGCUAUUACAAACUUUGAAUGAGGAAAAAUACCCCUUAAAGAAAUUACCAAAAGCUAAAAAUUUGCCAAUAAGUAUACCCACAUAUGAAUCCGUACUGAACAACCCGAAAUUGGAGAAGAUAUUACAUGAUCCUGAUAUUACAGAAGUUUGUAGGAGAAAUUCAGAUAUUGCAUCCCCUACAUUCACCACCGAUGUUUUGAGAAAUAGUAAAAGUUUUGAAGACAUUAGCUUUCGAUUUGGUACUAAUAGAGCAUUUGAUAAUGAAUACAAUAAUGAAGUUGCGUCUUUAGAUUCAAGCGAUUUUUCAAGUGCAGAAUUUAAUCUUGACACAGGUCUUACUGGUCCGUAUGAUCCAACAUUUUUUGAGGGUUGUCAGCAAGAUCAAUUUCAUAAUUCUUUAGGUAUUGAAGAUAAUAUGUCUGCUGAAUAUCAUUCUGAGGGUUGUAAAAAAGUAUAUUUCCACACAUUUUUGGGAACUAAUGCAGAACAAGAAGACAGUAUGUUUUCAAACCCCAAUCAAGAAAGUAAACGGGAUGGGACUUCUAAAAAAAUAAAAGCAGAACUAGAAACAGAAAAAAGAAAAGAAAGUAAAAUUGGUGAAAAUGAUGAAUCUUUGACAUACUAUGACACGUUGAAUAAAGUAAAACACAGAGCUGAUACAGAAAUAUCUGAUGUUAAGAAAAACUCCCUUAAAGUAGAUCUAUUGCAAGAAAAAAUCAGGAAAAUUGUCAGAAAUGAUGUUCCUCGUAGUAAAUCUGAGGAUACAAAAAUAACAAAACAGAGAUCAUUCAUUGAUAUUGAAAAUAGAGUUAUGAAGUCGAAUCAAUAUGAUUCGUUGGUUUACAAUGAAACUUUAAAUAAAAAAUUGAAAACUGAUACUAAAUCAGAUACAGAUAGAUUAUCACCUACAAAUACUCUAUUGUUAAACCCUAAUGAGAUUUCUACAGGUGCUAUUGAUAUUUCAAGUAAGCCAAGUGUACCAGACCUGACCGCAAUGAUUUACACUAUAGAGAAACCAGAAUAUGAUUCUUUGACUAAAAAGGAGACAAAUAAAAAUAUAAAGAAAAAUGAAAUUGAAAUCCAAUCUGCUUUGACGGCAUCCAAAAUUUAUGAUAUGAAAAAUGAUCAUGAUGAAACAUUUCAAAAGAUAAAUGAAAAAUUAGAAGUUAUUCAUAAGCUGAUCAGCGAAGAUAAAAAUAAUGGAAUUGAAAAUAAUAAAACUUCAAGUGAAUUCGUUACACGCGACGAUGGAGAACAUGAGGUUAUUUAUUCUGAAAAAAAUGCAAAUCUUGGAGAUGAAAUGUAUCUACUUUCUGAAAAAAUUGAGACUAAUACUCCAGGAUUGUACGAUAAUGGAGAAAAUAUUACAAAUACUCAUUUUGGCAGUGAAACGUUGAAAGAGUGCUAUUCUGACACCACUGACGCAAUAUAUGUUGAAAAUGAACCAACUAGCCCUGAAUAUGAUUAUCAUGCUAUUUUGAGAGAAAAUAGAUUUGGUGUCAAACCUCCACUGAAUUACAGGCUCAGUUAUAAAGAUGUGGUGAAACAAAUUAAAAACAGAUUUUCAACUGAUGACCAUAGAGUUGAUGUAAGUGAAAGAAAUGAUUCAGAUUCUGAUACUUCCAGAAAUGUUUUUACUCUUAGACGAACAUGUGGUAUGGAAUCUUUAGACAAAGAGCAACAUUUUGAAAAUGUAACAAAAAUUGAUAAAGAAAUGGAGGAUAUAUUCCAAAAUUAUUUACAUACUCGGGUUUCGACUAUAAUCAAAGAAUCUGAAGGUAAAUCAUCUGGAAAAGAGAAUGUUUCAUCAGACUAUUCUCUUCAUGUUUCAGCUGCUGAAAAUUUUCAAAAUAAACAACUUAGAGAUACUAAUAACAUUACACUAAGAGAUGAAAAUGUUACGCCCUUAAAUUUUCCCGUCCCAAAACCAAGAAAGGUCUACUUGGAGAACACAAUCAUUUCCGAUGUACAAGUUUGUAAUCCACAAGAACAUAUAAAAGAUGAAGACGAUAUCCAGAGCUUUAUUAUGGAACCCAAAACAACAAAUACAGAAGUCGACAGAUUUUCAACUCCUUUUGAUAAGACUCAGCAGGAAGCCUUUGAUGAAAUAAAUACAACCCAGGACACCAAAGAUAAACAACCUAGUUAUGAACUUCCAUUGAUUUCUCAGUUAUAUGUAAAUGUCUCCAGCUUUAAUGAAGGCACUGAAUUUGAAGAACACAUUAUUUCCAACCAACAAACAAAUAAACAUGAGGUUGCAGAUAUUUCUGGCAAUCUUCUUCCAUAUUCAGUUCAGGUGAACAAAAUUAACAGCCCCCUGAAAGAAGAGUUACCUAUUGAUGGUAUUUCAGCAAUAGUACCAAUUCCUUCACAUUUACACACAAGUACACCUCUAUCUUCUCAUCAACAAGAGAAUCAUAUAAGUAUGGUUAUACCAGAUACAAGGUUAACACAAUACACAAGUUUGGGCAAAGAUUCAGAACAACAAUCGGAAGUUGAUUCUGUUACUAAUAGUCCUGAAAAAGUUGACCUUCAAAAGUCAUCUGAUAAUGAUCAAGCAAGCAAUACCCCUGAAUUUGUUAUGAAAAUAGGAAACUCGGAAGAAAUUUCAGUUUGGAAAGAACUUUAUGAUGGGGAGUUUUUAACUGAGGAAGAAGUAAGCCUCAUUUGUCAGGCGAAAAAAAAGCAAAGGCCUUCAAGGCCGUUAUCUGAUAUCAAUGAAAAUGAUCUUAAGUUUAUCAAAAGAAUAUCCAUGGAUUAUUCUUUAGAGAAUCUUCCAACAUCUCAAGACUUAACAAAAUUGGAGGUGUUGAAUCAUAAUGAUGAAGUUUUUAAAAUCAACGACACUGAGCUUGAAACUUCACACCAAUCUGCAGUUAGUUCAUUUUAUGAUACUCCCUCCAUGAACGAGACUCAAAAUGUUCAUUCUGUUACAGAAAACAAAAACGAACCUAAAGAUGUCUAUGUUUUAGCAGAUUCAUAUGAAUUGGCCAAAAAAGACAAUUAUUCGGUCUCAGAAGAGCAGAAAGAUUUACCAACACUAACUCUUGAUUCUCCUGUGAGUUUUCCUAUAGCUUUUCCAUUGGAUGACAUUUCAUGUAGUGACCAUCUAACAUCGUCAAAUAGGCCUAAUAAGAAAAAUUCUGAAGAUCUAAUUAUUACAUCGCCUGAAAAAAUUUCUUCAGAAUCUUCAAAUUAUCUGUUCACUUCAAGUGACAAAAACAUCAAAGAAGUAAAAGACGUUAUUGAAUUACCUUCAGCAGAUCCUGCAUCCAAAGAUUAUUCUGAAAAAACGAAUGAGAAACACCUUGCAACUUCGAACCCAUUAGAGAAACCUGAUGAUUUGGAAUCCAUUUUGCUUAAAAUGAUGACCCGCUCAGUGGGUCCUAGGAGCAGAAUAAAUGCAAAGAAAACUCAAGAAAUGGUAUAUAAAGAAAAAGAAGGAAUCCCAAUGAUAUUAAGUGAAAAUGUAAUUAAUGACAAACAACAGAAAAGGUUAACUUUGACAAAUAAUAGUUCAUCUUACGACACAGAACAACUCAGGACAACGCCCCAGUUGAAAGGUCAGACUACUACUUCAUAUGAAAGCAAUAGCCAAGUUGAACCUGUGCCAGGAGAAAAUUCAGAAAAAAAUAAGACCUCAGUUCAGAUGCGAAAAAAAAGACCUGUGUCUGGAUCCAAGGUUGUUAAAUCUUUUGCUCAACAUUUCGAAAGACUCUCUUUGGAUAAGGGAAAAAAGGUUCAACCGGUUCACGCAAUCAACAAUUUAAAACCAAGAAAUACAAGUGUAAGCAGAAGUUCAUUUUCAUCUUUUUCUCAGAACAUAAAAAAAGCCCUGCCUGUUCCAAGAUCAGAAGAUCAAGCAAGCAGUGAACCUAAUGUCAGAUUAAGUGACAUCUCUCACAAUGUUGACAGUGGCAAGGACAUAGAAGUUACAAAAAUGUUGGGAAAUCAGAAAAAUUUCAGUGAUAGUGAACAUACCGUGCCUCAUAUAUCGGUCAUAGAACCCCAAAAAGAGAUCACAGAAGUUCCGGGACUCCACGAAUCUCAUAAAUCACCUGCAGAAAUAUUGCAAGAAGUAGUACAAGAGGAUUUGGGAAAAAUUAUGUCUACAAGUAAUAUUGAAAAGAAGGAUGAGGUGGAUGACCAAGAAGACGUAGCGAGUGGGACCUCAACCAUCUACUCCACAAUAGAAAUUGCCGGAAAGUCAGAACAAUUGGAUAUAACUAAACCUUCAGAAAAGGAUGUUGAGGAUACAUUUGUUGAAAAUGUAUCAGAUGUUAAUCUUUUCAACAUGGAAGCCCCGAGUUUUGAUGAGUCUUACCUAAAGUUGUUCAAGACUCCAGAAGAUUUAGCAAUGGAACAAUUCAGUGGAAAGAAGUCUAGGAAAGGAUAUCUCAACAUCACUUACCUAGGUGAAGUUAGCGACUCUGAAAGUUUUGACGAAGUUGAAAGCGCCGAAAAAAAAUUUAUUUACGGAACAGAUUCGAAACCAAAAAUUGUUGAUUUUGUACCGUUAGAUGAAGGAACAAAACCCGUCUUUGAAAAAGAACACUAUUCGAAUUACAACACCCUGGAAAGAGAAAAAACUUUUCAAAUUUUCAGCUCAGCUCCUGGAACAAAGAAGGAAAAAGAUGUUAUUCGAAAGCGCGAACCUGAAAUAGAUGCAAAACUUAAGUAUCAUAGUAGCAUACCCAGCUUUUCAGCUGCUAAGAAAAUGUUUGAGGAUCUUCAAACAAAGUCUGAUAAUAAGACUGAUAAACAGGUGACUGGAAAAGCAUCUACGAAUGACAGGUUGAGUAAUGUUGAAAUUGCCAGAAGCAGUCCUACUGGAUUGGUGACAAAAUCUUCCGAAGGAUCGAAGAAUGAUAAUUCAUAAAUAUAGUCAUGUGUUUUUUUUAUGAAGUCCUUAUUCUCAGAUUUUAUACUGUAUUUUACCAAUAGUAAUGUAUUUUUUGUACAGAUUUUAUAAUAGUCCAAAUAUAUUUUCAAUAAAAUAUUA